UGAAAAAGUUGCGUAAUCAUUACAUUCGUCGCCAAGUUCUGGAAGUGUACGGUCGUGCUCAUAUUGUCGUGUGCUUGUAGUUGGUUAGUAUAAUGGCCGAAAACCAGAUAGAAUCGCAUUUGCGGGAAGAUUCCAUCGAGAAAGCGGUUGAAGAAACGUUCCUAGGUUGGAGUACGGAGGAGUUAAUUCGACGCACGAACGGGUUAAACAACGAGAUCAAAGCGUUGAAGGAUUUGCUUGUGUCUCCUGUCAUGGAUCUGAAAACGUUGACCGGGAAGGUAAAAACGAACGCCGAGCAUAUCAAGCUGCACAAACGUUUGCCCCAUCUGGUGGCGACCGUCAUGGAGGUGCUCGACAUGGAUCCGCUCGUGGAGGAGAAGGAGCAGGAGGACGCGAUGCUGCUGCAGGAUUCGCAGCGGAAGUGUAAAAGCGCGAUCAUCAAAACCUCCACCCGGCAAACGUUUUUCCUGCCCAUGAUUGGGCUCGUCGAACCGGAAGCGCUGAAGCCGGGAGAUUUGGUUGGGCUGAACAAGGACGCGUACCUAAUUAUGGACAAGCUGCCGCCGGAGCUCGAUCCGCGGGUGAAGGCGAUGGAGGUGAUCGAGCGGCCCACGGAGCAGUACAUCGAUAUCGGUGGACUGGACACCCAGAUAGCGGAGCUGAUGGAAGCGAUCGUGCUGCCGCUGACGCACAAGGCAAAGUUCGAGCGUAUCGGCAUUCAGCCACCGAAGGGCGUGCUGAUGUACGGGCCACCGGGCACGGGCAAAACGUUGCUGGCCCGGGCCUGUGCCGCCCAGACGAAGGCGACCUUCAUCAAGCUGGCCGGCCCGCAGCUGGUGCAGAUGUUCAUCGGCGAUGGGGCCAAGCUGGUGCGGGAUGCGUUCGCGCUGGCGAAGGAAAAAGCGCCCACCAUCCUGUUCAUCGACGAGCUGGACGCGAUCGGUACGAAGCGGUUCGAUUCGACCAAGGCCGGCGACCGGGAGGUGCAGCGCACCAUGCUGGAGCUGCUGAAUCAGCUGGACGGGUUCAGCUCGUCGGCCGACGUCAAGGUGAUUGGGGCGACCAACCGGGUGGACAUACUCGAUCCAGCGAUGCUACGGUCUGGGCGGCUCGAUCGGAAGAUUGAAUUUCCCCACCCGAACGAUGUGGCGCGGGCCCGCAUCAUGCAGAUCCAUUCGCGCCGGAUGAACGUGAGCGGGGAGGUGAACUACGAGGAGUUGGCUCGCUCGACGGACGGUUUCAACGGUGCCCAGUGUAAGGCGGUCUGCGUGGAGGCUGGCAUGAUUGCGUUGCGCCGUUCGGCGGUGGAGGUUGCGCACGAAGAUUUCAUGGAGGCCAUCCUGGAGGUGCAGGCGAAGAAGAAGGCCGCUCUGAACUACUUUGCGUAGAGUGUGUCCAGAAUAAUAAUUGGAUUCCUGUGAACUUAUUUUAUUAGUUAUGAACUAGAAGAAACAUCUGAAACCAUUCGCAUGUUUCGUUGCGAAAACGAAUUGCGAAAAUUUUGCACCGAGGGUAGGCUUUUACCUCCGGACGUUGAAACAGCGAAAAUUACUUCUUCGCUAUCGUAAUAUCGUGUGAAAAUUCCAUCGUCUUUACGGAAGAAAAUAGCAGCAAAAGUGAAAGCAAAAAAUAUAUAUGUAUCGCGCGAGUGCAAGCAAAAGUGAAGCAAAUCAUCUUGUGUGAGUACGAGAGAAGCAAAAAAAAAAUCAAAGAGUUU